UUCUUGCGUGAAGCCUUUAGGACACUUAAUACUUUCAACUGAAACAUUUACUCAGUAAAGGGUGAGAGAAAGGCUGCUGGUUUCCUGACAGCAAGACAUCAAUCAUCAUGUCAGAAACAACUGUCACUGCCAUAAUGACGUACGACGACUACGAUCAAUUAGAAGCUUCAGAGUAUUCUCCCUGCGACACCAGUGGUAUAAUUGACUUUGGCAGAGUGUUCAUCAUUAUUCUCUACUCUUUGGUUGUCAUCCUUGGCUUCAUUGGUAAUGUCCUUGUGGUGUGUGUCCUGGUGAAACAUCGUAACCAGACAACCAUGACUGAUAUCUGUCUAUUCAACUUAGCUUUGUCUGAUCUACUCUUCAUCAUUUCACUACCGCUCUACACGCACUACACUAUGGUCAAAGAGUGGACUCAUGGUGACUUUUUGUGCCAUUUCAGCGGUGGUUCCCUCAGUACCAGCUUCUUCUGCAGCAUAUUCUUCAUGGUUGUCAUGACACUGGACCGCUACUUGAUUAUUAAACAUGACGUGAAGGUGACCAAAUACCGCACAAGGAGAACAGGGUUCAUACUCACUGUGGUUGUGUGGUUGCUGAGCUUCUGUGUAUCCCUUCCUUCUUUCAUCUUCACUUCAGAGACAAAACAGCAGUAUGGGCUGGGUUGCAGUUAUGAACCAAAUAAUGAUGCCUGGCGGGUCUACAUGAUCUUAACAAGGAAUAUUUUGGGUCUGGUGCUUCCUCUGCUGGUUAUGGUGUUCAGCUACUCUAGGAUCAUACCUGUCCUGAUGAGAAUAAGGAGUACAAAGAAGCUACGUGUUGUAAAGCUGAUCAUUUCAAUUGUGGUUAUCUUUUUCUUGUUAUGGGCACCGUACAACAUUUCAUGUUUUCUGAUGUAUCUGCAUUAUAAUCGAAAUGUCCUAACUGACUGUGACUCUCAGAAAAAUAUAAAAUUGUCAGUAAUAGUUACUGAGGCAAUUGCAAACACUCACUGUUGCUUGAAUCCCAUCCUAUAUGCUUUUGUUGGACAGAAGUUUAUGAGACGUGUCUUGCAGCUGAUGAAAUGUGUGCCUGGGAUUUCUAUCGCCCAAUGGCAUUCAUCAGACUACUCUUCCCGAAAGAGUUCAGCCAGGUCCUCUGAAGGCACCUUUAUCAUGUAGCGCAAAUUAUAUCUUUUGUCCAAGAAUGUAGUCUUUUACUUUUUACUUGGAUAAAACUUUAAGCUUCAACUUUUCACUGCUCUCCCACAACUCUUACAGAAAAUGUUGGACUUGUGUUUGUGCCUGUGUUUGUGUACAACAAUGUCUGCUACAUUAUGUGGUGGAGGGUCUCAUUGGUGUCGUGGCUCAGCCUUUAAAUUACAAAAACAAAGACCA